AUGGACAAGGAAAGCAAAGCAAAUCUAAGAUACCCCUGCCCAUAUUUAGCGAGAAAGCCGAUGCCUUUCAGACGGCUUUGCAGGAAGAAGCAGCGGGUGUCCUUGUUGCAGAGCAGCUGGGUCUUGGUCCCCGAAGGGAACCGGGGCCCGACUCGCGGACGGGAAGGUGCAGCCCUGCCAGGCCGCCCCCUCUGGUCCCCGCCAGCCGCCUUCUAUCAGCCGGGCGGAAUCAAGGCCUCGGCCAGAGACAUCGCGGCUGCUUCCCGGGACACCGCUAACGAUGUGUAUUUUGGUGAUUUGAUGACAAUGGAGGUGUGGGACGCCUCUGAGUCAGGCCAGGGCACGCUGCGGACACUGCCCCGUGGAGGGGGUGGGGUUUGGUUUCAAAACAGAAGAGCCAGGCAGCUAAAUCACAAGAAGGCCGAAGCUUCUGCCACUUUCAAACAAGUGUGUGGCAAACAGAAGCUGACCCACCUGGGCCAAGAGAGCCCAAGAAUGAUGCAUGAUUCAACACCUGAUCAGAAUCUCACUAAUCCGCAGCUAGAUCUGGCAAGGGCCAAUCAAAUUUUUCUUUACCAACCCUUGCCGUAUUCAGGGCAGCAAUUUUCUGGGUGUGAUGCUCACUUCAGGGGCUCAGACAACACACAUGCGGCAAGAAGCCCAAUCCAGGCCUCAGUUUACCACAACUUGGAUUACAUGGCAAAUGGAGUUCAGUUCAGUGUAGGCCCCACUGGGAAUUCUUCCCAGAUUCAGUUUCCUUUGCAACCAGUGCAACAACAUCCAUACAACAAAGCUUUACUUGAAGACUAUUACACAGAAGGUGAUUUUCUCCAGUCCUCAGCAACUCUCAAACUAGGAGGGCAGCAGUAUGCACAAGAUUACCAGUAUCCAACUGCUAAAGAGAAUAUUUACAGGAUGCCUGUCUCUCUAAACACUAGCCCAGGAACAAUUGAUGAGUGUUUGUACAUCAAUGCAAGCACUUCUCAUCUUAAAAGUACCAUUUUAAGUGCUGGUGAAGAAGGAGAACCACAAAUAAAAAUGGAGUCUGGGCAGGUUGAGUGCAAUUUACUAAGUAACAUUGACUUACCUGUUUCUGUUCCUCCUUCAGCAUUUGAAAAAUGUCAGAGUGCAUCUCAGGGGACACUGACUGCUUUAGUUCCAUCACAGGAGCCUGUACAUGAAUUUGACUGUCAUUGGACAAAUGUGAGAAAUGAAUUAUUUGGAGCUACUCUUGAUCUGCUGCUUGAGCAGAAGAGAGGGCAAGGUGGUGAUAGAAGUUAUGCCUUCUCUUCUGGUAGCCAGUAUGCAACCUGUCACUUGGGUCACACAUGAAAAUAGGCAGCUGUUUGCACGAUUAGUCUUCUGAAUAAGGAAAAAGGCCUAGGAGUAGUGAGGGUUGGCUGUCAUUAUGUGAGUCUGUGCAUGUGUGGGGAGUGAGUGGAGAGCUGCGAAGAGGUUGCAAGGAUGCUAGCAAGAAUGAUUAAGUCACAUGUGAGUAGUGGAAUCUUUUGUAUUUGAACUGUCAAGGAGCUGUUUGUGAUGCCCUUGCACAUAUUUGAUUACAAUUAGCCACCACAUUUCACUGAUCGGCUUCUUGUUCUGUAGGUUGUUCACAGACAGUUCAGUCUAGCUUUUUACACUUGAACUAGGUUAUUUCUGACUGCAGGGGUGGGAUUAUGGGAACGGUUUUAUGGGUUUACUACUCUCAAUUGAAGAACUUAACAACAUAUCUAGUGUGAACAACUCGUGUUCAAAAUGAAUUUUCUGUUCAUUUCCAAAUAUCUGGGGAAAAUAUACCAUUUCCCCAAACACUUCUGUAGGUCUUUGUUUCUGGGACUUAAGGGAGAAGGGAAGAUGUUUUGAGGGUGCUUUUAGUUUAGGCCAAUGCUAGUCCAUUUUUCUAAAUUUUAUUGAAUAGGAAGUCAAAGGAAUUCUUACGGGAGCCUGAACUUAGUGGGUAUAUGCACUGGGGGAGACUGGUACCUGGCUGAUGAAGUAACAGGGCUGUGACCAGGAUGACCUGAUAUUGUUUGAAAUUGCACAUGGAAAUGCUGUUUGGGGUUUAAAAAGUAGCUAUGGCUUCUUUGAAAUAUUUCUAGAUUUUAAGAUAUAGAAUAUUAAAUUGGGUUCCUUUGUUACUUUUAUUAAAUAAAAGUCAAACUUGUAAGCAAAGCUUCUGUGAAAUGGGUAUAGUUGUGAUAAGUGUAAUCCAGCAGUUUUGAAUAGGAAAAGUACCAUGAAAGUGCUAAGUACUAUUUACUUACUGCUGCAUGCUUUGUAAUGACUUAUUUAUGAUUG